GAGAGAGCGCUUUGGGGAAGAAUGCACGCUCCUCUUUUCGUUGUUGUCUUUUCUCAGCUGAUUAGCGUCGCCGUCUCCGCGCAGGAAGAGCGUGCGUCUGGACGCAGGACUGUCCGACUGUACUGCAGAGUUGGCAUCGGCUUCCACCUUCAGAUUCACCCCAAUGGAAGAGUGAACGGGAGUCACGAGCCUGAUCACUUAAGUGUGCUGGAACUGUUUGCCGUGUCUCAAGGAGUCAUAGGAAUCCGAGGAGUUUUCAGCGACCGUUUUCUAGCCAUGAACAAGAGGGGAUGGCUUCAUGCUACUGAACGGUUCACAGACGACUGCAAGUUCAGGGAGCGGUUUCAAGAGAACAGCUACAACACAUACGCCUCAGUGACCCACAAGAACCAUCGGACUGGUCGAGAGUGGUUUGUGGCGCUUAACAAAAGGGGGAAGGCUAAAAUGGGCUCCAGCCCGAGAGUGAAGUCCCAGCAUGUGUCCACACAUUUUCUGCCCAGGAUGAACCUGCAUGAGAAAUCAGACCAAGGCUUUACGAUAACGGACAAAGAGCAGGAAAAAGCUCCACCGGCUCCACCAAAGCCCCCCGUCCCGAAAGUCACCGUCAACACAGGCCAGAAGAAAUCUCGAACAGUCAAGUACUGGCCCAAAUUUAGAUUUGGAUAG